CAUACACAGGACAGGACAGGAAUGAGAGUGUUCCUGGAGGAGGGGUGAGGAGAUGGAGGAAGAAUUCAUCUAAAAAAAAAAUCUUCAUGAAAUAAGUUAUCAACACUUCCUACGGGGAUGAACACACAGGACAUCUGGGAUUUUUUUUUUUAAUUUCAGCUGGAAAAUCAGAAAAUAUAACUUUUUAAAAAAAUAUAUGUAUAUAAAGCUUUAAUUUCUUCGCACUUGUGGACCAAAUAAAAUAUGUCGUGUUUUAAAAGUAGCUUUGUCAAAGAAACGUGGAGAACCAGUUAAGUCUCAACUGUCUCAACCUGGACUUGACUGUGACAGUGGAUCAUGGAACAUCCAUAUAUGAUGACAUUCAAGAUACACGUGUUGGAAGCAGAGAAUGAAUGAUGGCAGGGACAUCUGGUCCCAUGGUUGCCCCUGUACCCAAUCUCACAACAGCUUUAUGGGAGCUCAAUCCUACUGUUCCUGCUGAAGUGGGUGUCGUCACAAGCUCCCAGUCACAGAUCAAAGAUCUUUUUGGGUUGUUUUGCAUGGUGACUCUUAACCUUAUUGCAUUGCUAGCCAACACUGGUGUGAUGGUUGCCAUUGCUCGUGCUCCUCACCUGAAGAGGUUUGCUUUUGUGUGUCACCUUUGCUCCGUGGACCUGCUAUGUGCCAUCCUCCUCAUGCCCUUGGGUAUCAUAUCCAGCUCACCAUUCUUUGGUACUGUGGUCUUCACUGUCCUGGAGUGCCAGGUUUACAUUUUUCUGAACGUUUUCCUCAUCUGUUUAUCCAUUCUCACCAUCACAGCCAUCAGUGUAGAGCGUUACUUCUACAUCGUACACCCAAUGCGUUAUGAAGUCAAGAUGACCAUCAACCUGGCUAUUGGGGUAAUGCUCCUAAUUUGGGUUAAGUCACUGGCCUUGGCUUUGGUCACACUGUUUGGAUGGCCAGCUUAUGGAAAUCACAGCUCAAUUGCUGCAGCUCACUGUUCCCUCCAUGCGAGCCACAGUCGUCUAAGAAGAGUAUUUGCUGUGCUCUUCAGCAUGGUUUGUUUCCUGGUUCCCGCAGUGGUUAUCUUCACUGUUUACUGUGCUGUGUACAAGGUGGCUCGUUCUGCAGCGCUGCAACAAGUACCUGCUGUUCCAACAUGGACAAAUACAAGCCCUGCCAAGAACCGUUCAGACUCCAUCAACAGCCAGACAACAAUGAUCAACACCAGUCGUACUCUGCCCCAAAGACUAUCUCCAGAGCGAGCCUUCAGUGGAGGCAAAGCUGCCCUCACUUUAAUAUUCAUUGUGGGCCAGUUCUUGAUUUGUUGGUUGCCUUACUUCAUCUUCCACCUACAAAUGUCUCUGACUGACUCCAUGCAGAGUCCCGGAGACUUGGAAGAAGCGGUCACUUGGCUUGCUUAUUCCUCCUUUGCAGUUAAUCCUUUCUUCUAUGGCCUGUUGAACAGACAAAUCAGAGAGGAGCUCAUAAAGUUUCGUCGCUGCUGCCUGACUCAGCCUCUGGAGUUAGGAGCAUCCAGUCACGAGGGAUCGCUACAAGAAAACUUCCUCCAGUUCAUCCAGCGAACCACCAGCACGACUGAAACCCGGUCCAGCUGUGCCACAUCGAGUCCCAGAAACACACUAGACCAAGCAGUCAAGAUCCCAGGACAAAUCCCAGAAGAACACCCAUAGACACUAACAGAAGUAACUGACCAGAGUUUACACACAGGCCAUGCCAAACUUUAUGUGCUUGAGGGACAUUUGUCUUUUAGCUUCAUAUCUAAGCAUUAUGCCAUUCAGGAAGGCUUUAUUGCUUUACAUCAAGGUGCUACAGCUGUAACAGAAAAUACUGAAGUAAUUAAAAAUGUUACAAUUGUCUUAUUUAUAUGUGGUGUUUGUAGAGAUGUGUAUUUGUGAAUGUGAGGUGUAACUAGGAUAACAAGGACACGACUGGAUGGAUCUGUAAAUGUGUAUUCAGGAACAAUUUGUAUUGGAUAUGAAUCUAAGUUGGUUU